CUAGGCCGUUAUACAAAGUGCCCUAAAAGUUAAUAGAGGCCACUUCAAAUUUCAUUUUCCCCAAAUCAAAACCAAAACCCCCCACCUCCUCCUCGUCUCUUGGUGGUGACAACUGACGAUCACUGUCUUCCGUCACGCUCUCCUUCAUACCCAUAGUUGUGAUAGAAGUUUGACAAUCAACUAAGCCAAUUAGCCAGUCAGUAACUAUCUCUGCAAGAUGUCGGCUGGACCUGGACUAGAAUCCCUCGUAGAUCAGACAAUAUCAGUCAUUACAAAUGAUGGACGGAAUAUAGUGGGUGUCCUAAAAGGCUUUGACCAGGCGACAAAUAUAAUUCUUGAUGAGUCUCAUGAACGAGUUUAUUCUACUAAGGAAGGUGUCCAGCAGCUUGUUCUAGGUUUAUACAUCAUUAGGGGUGACAACAUAAGCGUUGUUGGUGAACUGGAUGAGGAUCUAGAUUCCAACCUAGAUUUGUCCAAGCUUAGAGCCCAUCCCUUGAAGCCCGUCAUCCACUGAAGCGAACUUAUGUUAGUUGUUAGGACUUAGGAGUUGCUUGCUUGUAUGGAACUCAUGGCCUUCAAGGGUGGGGAAAGAUCACAUCUCUUAUUAUAUGUAAAAGUCAUGAUUUUAUUAACACAUAUUUUGUUAGCAUCAGUUUUAUUUUUUGACAGAUAGCAUCAACAAUUUACUCACCAAUGAAAACAUAAAUUAGUGUG